AUGUCUGAAGGUAAUCUCACCACUACCACCAGCGCAGCACUCGAAGAUCUCAUCAGCUUCGAGGCUCGUCAGAUUUUCGUGAUUGUGUCCCUGGUGGUCGUUGGCGACGCCCUCUGCCUUCUGGGUAUCGUCGCUAACAUCAUCAACAUCACUGUGUUCGCCAAGCAAGGGUUCCACGACACCGUCAACAUCAGCCUGUGCGCUCUGGCUGUCGGUGACCUCGGGGCACUGAUUACUCAGCAAUGGUUCAACAUCUGUGUCAAUCCCUGGUUCCAGGACUCGGACAUUCCCUUCAACCCUCUAGAGAUACAGAGCCUCACUGGCGGGUUCUCACACAGGUAUUUCACCAAGACAACGGGAUGGAUCACGGCUUUCGUCACGUUUGAGCGCUGUCUCUGCGUGUCUGCGCCCCUCAAGGUCAAGGCGAUCAUUACCCGUCGGGUGGCUGUGGUCUUCAACGUGAGCAUUUUCUUCCUCAUGGCUCUCACAAUGCUGCCAGUGUACCUCACGUCGUACUACGACUGGACGUUUUACCCGGCUCUCAACAAAUCCCUUGUGGGCAUACAUUAUACGAUGGACAGGCAGGCCGUGCUUGGCGUAUCCUUAUUCAUCACCGACUUUUUUGUACCUCUGACCUCUUUCGCUAUUGUGAUCCUCUGCACCGUUAUAAUCGUAGUCCAGCUCAAAAGAAAAGGGAAAUGGCGGCAGAUGGCUUCUGGUGCUGCCAUGACGUCGUCAAAGCAGAACAUAUCCAGCAAAGACAAACGAGUAGUUGCCAUGGUGACUGUCAUUUCCGCUAUCUUUAUAGUCUCCUUCACGCCGAUAACUGUGGUGCUCGCAGCUCGAGCAAUUGAACCAGAGCUGAACAUCAUCGGCCGCUACGCUAACACCAACUGGACACUGGCUUCCCUGGGCCUGCUCAUUGAGACUUUCAACUCAACUAUCAACAUCCUCGUCUAUUAUAGGAUGAGCACCAAGUUCAAGGACACGUUUAAGCAGCGUUUCCCUUGUUGUUUCCGGGAAUCGGUUGCACAUGGAUCUCAACAAAUACAUUCUGUGAACUUGAAUAAUCUAUAA